GAGGUGGAGGUUUUGUGGCGUUGCAAAGUAAGCAGCAAGACGAUUGGUUGAUGCUAGUCCAGGCAAAGGGCUUCUUGCCCAAUCCUGAUCAUAUUCAGACAAAAGUUACCUAGAUAAGGGGUACUUAUUGGGUAGUCAUAGUACUGUGUCUAUCAACGGUGUAUCAGAAAGCCACUCUUUCCCUGGACUUCCACCUUUCUCUCUGUUGUCUGUUGCAGCGGAGACAGCCACCAUGCCUACUGAAACACAGAGUGAUGCCCGCUCCUUCCUGAGCGAGGACAUGAUUGCCGAGUUCCAGGCUGCCUUCAACCUGUUCGACAGUGACGGUGGCGGUGACAUCAGCACCAGGGAGUUGGGUCAGGUGAUGAGGAUGUUGGGCCAGAACCCGACCAGAGAGGAGUUGGCCCUGAUCAUCGAGGAGGUCGAUGAGGAUGGUAGCGGCAGCAUCGACUUCGAGGAGUUCUUGGUCAUGAUGGUGAGGCUCCUGAAGGAGGACCAGGCCGGCAAGUCCGAGGAAGAGUUAUCAGAGGUCUUCCGUAUUUUCGACAAAAACGGCGACGGUUUUAUUGACCGUGAGGAGUUAAAUGACAUCUUGGCCGCCACUGGAGAGCCAGUCACAGAGGAGGAAUGUAUCGAGCUAAUGACAGACGCAGACCUAAACAAAGACAACAGGCUUGAUUUUGAUGAAUUUCUGAAAAUGAUGGAGAAUGUACAGUAACAAGACCACCAUUCCUUUGUGACCCUUCCCAUGUGUCACUUCUCCUGCUUGAAGAAAAGAACAACUGUUUCUGAAUGGAAAAAAAUCAAAUACAAAAAUGAAAGCCACAUUUUAUUUUUGAGUCUUCCCAACUACUUACAGUAAAGAGUCUACCCAAAAACAUUACAAAUCAAAUCAAACUUUAUUGAUGGCGUACACAGAUUUACAGAUGUUAUUGCAGGUGCAAGGAAAUGCUUGUGUUAAUAUCAGUAAUAUCUAGCAAUACAA